AUGAAGAUAUUUGCUUUAUUAUCACUCGUCUCUCGGGUGACAGCAAUAUGGCCAGCCCCUCAAUCUUUCUCUAACGGAAGUUCCGCUGUUUGGCUUGCGGAGGACUUCCUGGUCACAUACAAUAAUCAUAAUCUUCACAAACGCACAGAAGAGACAAGAUCAACAAGAAUAUCCAGCUUAGAAAUUGUCCAGGCGGCCGUAGACAGGGCUCGAAAGUCAAUAUUCACAGAAAGCUUUGUCCCUUGGAAGUUCUACCCGCGUAAUGAGAUUGAUAAAUUCGAACCACCUGCCAACGGUAAAUCAAAAACAUAUAUACGGCAACUCGAGAUAACUCAAACCACACCUGACAAUUCGGCAACAUUCAAGCCUCUCGCGGGACAAGUUGACGAAACUUAUAACUUAACAAUAGGAGCAGAUGGAGUAGCAUCCAUUACCGCAGUAUCCUCAACUGGCGUCCUCCAUGCUCUUGAGACUUUCAAACAACUGUUUUACUUACACUCGGUUAGUGGUACGGCUGGAGUGUAUUGCAACCUCGCCCCGGUCAAUAUCAGAGAUGGCCCAAAGUUUGGCCAUCGGGGUGUGAACUUGGAUGUUGCUAGAAAUUGGUUCCCAAAGGAGACCAUCCUUCGAACCAUUGACGCCCUUUCCUGGAACAAGUUCAAUCGCUUCCACAUCCACAUGACAGAUGCACAGUCUUGGCCCAUAGAUAUCCCUGCAUUGCCAGAGUUGUCAAAAAAAGGCGCGUACCAGACUGGAUUAUCCUAUACUCCUCAAGAUAUCGAGGAUAUCCAAGUCUACGGCAUCUAUCGUGGUGUUGAAGUCAUCAUAGAGAUAGAUAUACCAGGCCAUACAACAGCUAUUGGGUUUUCGCAUCCAGAGCUCAUUACUGCCUUCCGGGAAAAGCUAUGGCACAAUUACUGCGGCGAGCCACCUUGUGGACAGUUAAAACUUAACUCGACCGCCGUAUACGACUUUAUCACUCAACUAUUCGACGAUCUUUUGCCCAGAGUUUCUCCUUAUUCGGCAUACUUCCACACUGGCGGCGACGAAAUCGACGCUCGAGACUAUGUUCUGGAUGAGACCGUGAAGUCCAACGAUACCGCAGUAUUAACCCCGUUGAUUCAAAAGUUCAUUGAUCACAGUCAUGACCUAGUCAGGAAAGCCGGCCUCGCACCAAUUGUUUGGGAGGAGAUGCUUCUCGACUGGAACCUCAAGCUCGGUGAUGAUGUCGUGGUUCAGACCUGGAUCAAUAGUGCAUCUCUCGACAAGGUAACCGCGCGUGGACAUAAAGCUCUCUUCGGCAGUAACGACUUCUGGUACCUUGCCUGUGGUCACGGACAGUGGUUCAACUUCAACGACGAUACCUUCGCUGCCCACUACCCAUUCAACGACUUCUGCUCUCCGCUUAAGAACUGGCGUCUAAUGUACUCGUACGACCCAACCGCCAACCUAUCUGCCAAACAGGCUGCGUUGGUACUUGGAGGCGAGGUCCACCUCUUCACCGAGCGGUCUGACCCGUCAAACUUGGAUGCGAUAAUGUGGCCACGCACAGGUGCGGCAGGAGAAGUGAUGUGGAGCGGGCGUCAAGAUUCGAGCGGGAAGAAUAGGGGACAGGUUGACGCAGCACGGAGGUUGUCUGAUAUGAGAGAGAGGAUGGUAAUAAGGGGGGUUAAGUGUGAACCAAUUCAGAUGGCAUACUGCACACAAUACGAUGGUGACUGCACCUGGUAAGGGGCCUGGCUCUAGUUGUUAACAGGUGGGACGGGGAGGGGCAGACAAGUUAUUAGGGGGCAUACUACAUUUACA